GGUCUCAGUUCAUUUGUGUUGGAUUUCAAGCUCAGUUUCCCUUAUCCAUUCUGAGACACUACAUUUUGUCCAAACUCAAUCCAUGAAUCUCCAACUACAACUGCAUCAACCACCGACAACAUCAUCAAUGACAACAUUUUCAACUGAAUUCUUGUCACACACUCUCAAUUUCAUAAACCAUCCAAACCGCACUUCUCGCCAUUCAAACCCCAACUUCGUCACUUCCUCAACCCCACUUCUAAACGAAGGCAACACUAAUGACCGAAGAACAAGAAUCAACCGAGAACGAUUCAGGGUCAAUGAAACAAGGCCCAAACUUGAUCAAAAUUACGAUUUUCGAGACACCAAUUUAAUGGAGUCUCUUUACUUACUUCAGCAAAUGGUUAAUAGGGGUUAUAAUCCUGAUGUUGUUCUCUGCACAAAAUUGAUUAAGGGUUUUUUCAAUUCUAAGAAAAUCGAGAAAGCUAUUCAGGUUAUGGAGAUUUUGGAGAAGCACGGUGAGCCUGAUGUUUUCGCUUAUAAUACACUUAUAAAUGGGUUUUGUAGAGCUGGUAAAGUUGAUGCUGCCAAUAAGGUGCUUGAUAGAAUGAUAAAGAGAGGUUUGGCUCCUAAUGUUUUUACUUAUACUAUUCUUAUUGGGAAUCUUUGUGGGAGGGGUAAACUUGAUUUGGCUUUGAGGGUUAUGGAUCAGUUGUUGAAAGAUAAUUGUAGGCCAACUGUUGUAACUUAUACUAUUUUGAUUAAAGCAACUAUUAUUGAAGCUGGUAUUGAUGAAGCUAUGAAGCUUUUUGAUGAGAUGUUGUCGAGAGGGCUUCGACCUGAUGUGUAUACAUAUUGUACAUUGUUUGGUGCAUUGUGGAGCAGCGGCAAUAAAAUUAGAGCGUUACAGAUGAUUCUGGAGAUGUUAAGCAAAGGCAUUGAUCCUGAUGAGAUCACCUAUAAUUCGCUUAUUUAUUUCUUGUGCAGAGAUGGAUUGGUGGAUCAGGCAAUUGAGUUGCUGGUUGACAUGAUGGAGAGUCGCAAGUUUCAGCCUACUGUUAUUAAUUACAAUGCUGUUAUUCUUGGAUUGUGCAAGGCGCAAAGAUUCAUAGAUGCUAUUGAGGUGCUUGCUGCUAUGAAUCAGAGAGGAUGCUUGCCAAAUGAAACAACCUACUUAUUGUUGAUUCAAGGGAUUGGUUUUGGAGGAUGGCGAAAUGACGCGAUGGAUUUGGCUAACUCACUUGUUAAUAUGGAUGCUAUAUCAGAAGCUUCAUUCAAACGUUUCAUGCGAUUGAUGCAUUAAAUUGAUUGAUUCAGGUCUUCUCAAUAAGAGUUUUUGUUCAAUUCAAUUAAUGAAUACCAACUUAUUUCUUGCUCCCAAUUUGUUUGUUGUUCAAAGGUUUUUGAAGUUUACACAAAUAUCAAAUGGAUGGUUUCUUCUGACAUACGCGUUGGUUAAAUUAAACUUUGUAGAGUCUGUAUUUUAUUAUUACAUGAUGAUUGGCAGGGGCUAAUAUUAUCUUAUUCAGGGGUAUGAUAUUGCCAAGGUGCUUUUGUAAUAUGUAUUCUUGACUGUUCGAAUAUAUAGUUUUAACUGUGUUCAGAAUGCCCAAA